UUGGUCUUUUUGAAGAAAACAUGUAGCACUUAUUUUCUUUACCAAUUGAAUCCCUUGCGGGGCACACACGGCGAUUAACAUCGUGAUCAACAAAAUUUCCUUACAGCGGUCUUAGUUUUUAACUCUGAAACAGUUUCUGCCGAGCACACAAUGUCGCGAAGGUACGAAUACGCUAUGCAGAAACAUGGUAAAGGGCAAAGGAUAAAACAAAACGGGAAGCUUCCCAUCAACAAAGUUGAUUUCCAAAGGGUGCCGUUAUUCAAAGACCACCAGGAAUCCGAGUAUGAAGCCAGUUGGAGAAAAGACCUGUUCUCACCACAGGAUAAGGAGAAAGAUACGAUGAAAGUUGCUAAGAGUGAGAUUGGUCUGCCGUUAACCGUGCAUGCAGUGGGAAUAGGAAAACAGAAAUCCAAUGAUUACUUCGGCCAGGAGUUCAGCGGUAUCACAGAUAGAAUAUCAAAGUUGCUACGGGAUUAUGAAUCCACGUACGAUAACAAAGAUCCAAAGGGAUACGCCGCCAAGCAAGAACAUCUCAGAGGCCAAAUUGUGAUGGAAACUUUGUUAAGUGACUACAAAAUUUUGUGCGACGAAAGAGAAGAGUUACUGAAUUCCCUUCAAGAUUCGCUUGAAUUUGACGAAGAAGAAAUCUUAGACGAGCUGGAGGCGAUGAGCAAAAAACAUCAGGCAGUAGACGUGGAGGGUAUACAGCGAGCACUUCAGGAAUCGUUCCAAAAUGUGAAAGACACUACCAUCAAAUUGAAGAAACUCAACCAAAAAAUGGUUGAUGUAUCGAGAAAAGGAGACGCCACUAGGGUUUUAGAGGCAGAAAAGCGACAGUUGGAACGAGAGCUGCAGAUUCAAAAAAAGAUGGCCGCGCAACAAAGAAAGGAACUUUUCACAAGAGGGGAAAGCGUUCGAAAUGAGACACAACAAUGGAAACUUGUGGCAGGUGAAAUGGUCGACUUACUAAGCACGGUGCGAUACGAGGGGAAUUUUGAUAAAGAGUCCUUAGAAAAGGAACUUCAAAAAAUCAUGGGGACUCUUAACGAUCAAAAUGAGCUCAUCGAAAACUUGAAAAAAGACAUCUCCAAACACGAAAAAAGCCAGAAGAACUUGGAGAAAGAUAAAACCCGUAUGUACGAUGAAAAGUUAUUAGCUGAGGACCAACUGGAAAAAAAGCAGACUGAACUAAGGCAGUGUAAACAGCAUCUUCGCAAAGUUCUCGCUGAAAAAACGGACAAUAUUCCAAUCAGUGAAGCAGUAACCGCUGACCUGACCGAAGAAACAGAAGAGACGAAACCUAUUGUCGGUCCAAGCGACGAUUUUGCCUCCACGGACAUACUGCAGGCUCAAGUGAGAGACGCGCGGAAGAAGGCGCAGAAACUUGAGAAGGAAAAUAAAGAACUGCAAAGAAAGCUGGAAUCCUUAGGUGGCGCUGAAAAGAGCCCAACUGUCCAGUCAGUUAGGGGAGAUAAAGAAGAACGAACAGGAAAUUGCGCACACUGAGGAAGAGUUGAACAAGUUGAGAUUGCAGCUGCGUGCUUCUAAGAAAAAGGACAAUACCAACUCUGCAAAAUCUGACAAUACUACCUCUGCAAAAUCUGCAUCGACGCCGGCUAGAGCGCAUGCCGAAAUGUG